UUCUGUUUUAAUUUUACUGUGCUGUGGUAAGUAAUGUGUUGUUUAUGUGUAUUUUGUCGUAGUAUUACUCGUCUAGAUUGCAUCCAGGAAACUUGGAGCUGCACAGUGCAGGAACAGCACCAGCUGUGAUCAGCACAUGCAGCCAUGUUUUCACUUGGCUUGGAGGAAACACUUGAUCUGCUUUGUGUUCUGCUGGCAUGACUGUCAGUGGUUCAUGACAAGCUGAAAUCAUAUUUUGAAGUCCUGCUGAAAAUCUAGGUUUAUUAUUUUUUAAGCCAUGGUCCAACUCUAUGUAGCCAUCUCACUUUAUUCUCUGUAGCUGCUGUAGCUUACACCUUUCCUCCACCAGACGUGACGUAAAAUGUGUGGGAAUGUCACCGGGUGACACAAGAGCCAAGCGAAGAGUCAUGUGGAGCUGAUUGGCUUAGGGUUAGCAUUGUGUGAAGUCGUUUAACAAUGGUUUAAAUGUUGUAGACAAUUGUUUAUGUUGAAAUGUUACAUACUACAGCUUUAAUAGAGAGUUCCAUGGAGUUUUCUCUGACUUUGGUUUCACAUGUAUCCCAUCUAAUCAAAGAGCUUUCAACAUGCAAAGAAUGUUCUGUACUAUACUUAAAGAAGAUAAUUAUUGUUGGAUGUUUUAUUUAAUUAUCUACUUCAGGUUUAUCCCGUCACUUCAAAAUCAUGGAAAGCCAGUUUAUCUGGUGGGCCAAAGAAUCUAAACAAGUCAUUCUACUACAAAUCGCCAAAAACCCACCCACAGUAACAAGUAUGUCAAGUACUGUGAAGUGUUUUAAUGUCCUGCAAUGGAAACCUUGAAAUCUCAUGUAUACUACAUGUGUUUUUGCAGCUGAAUAUACCAUUUAACAUUUUGUGUUUUUCUUUUAUGAGAAUUUGCAGUCAUCAAGUGUCUGCAUAUCCAUCACAGUUUGUUGAUCACAGUUAAAAUCCAUUAGAAACUAGAAUCCAGAAUGUUGGUUCUGGUGGUUUUCUCACCACGAUCGGCUCAGUCUGUAGCUGUGGUGUAUUCUCUCUCAUGUCUCCUCCUCAGAUUCAACCCUCUGAAGGCGCUGCAGCCCAAACGCCGCCUGCAGCAAAUACUAGCGUCCUCGCCCGUCCCGGUGCCCAAGCCGGCGUCCGGGUCGGAUGCUGAGUCGGCGCCUACGGUGGCUACGGUGGCUACGGCGUCCGUGGCCGUUCCUGUGCCUGCGCCUCCUGCGUUUGACUACUGCAGGUUCAUAGAGCUAGACUACGUUCCCAUGGAGACAGGCUAUAUGGUCUCAAUGCGUCCGACUAAAGGCUUUGCAUCAUCAUCGCCAUCAUCGUCCAGGUCGCCAAGUAAAGGAUACACGUCCACUAAGUCUCCGGACCGACAGGGCCGCUCCACAAACUCUCCCUCCACCUCUCGUUCUCGGCGGACACCGGCCACGCCCAGCAAUAGAGAUCCCCAUGGCAACGCCUCCGUUAGCAGCAACUCAGGCUCUUGUAAAGGCAGCGACUGCAGCCCCACCAAAGGACGCCACCAGAAGUACACGUCUUGUACAGACAACCAUGGCAUCCGGCCUCCUCCACCAGAGCAAUACCUCACGCCCCUGCAGCAGAAAGAGGUGUGUAUCCGACACCUGCGGGCCAGGCUAAAAGAAACCAUCAACACACUGCAAGACAGGGACACAGAGAUAGAUGAGUUGAGGGGACGGCUGUACAGGAUGCAAGAGGACUGGGUUGAGGAGGAGUGUCACCGUGUGGAGGCUCAGCUGGCUCUGAAGGAGGCGCGUCAGGAGAUCCAGCAGCUCAAACAGGCUGUGGACACCGUCCGCACCAGGCUCAGUGACGCAGGUGGGCUCAGUGGGGACGUGGGGGUCCAGAAGUACUUCCAGGAUAUCAACACACAGAACCACAAGCUUGAGAACCUCUUGCUCAAUAUGGAGUUGGCCCAGGCUGGAUUAGCCAAAGAGGGGGAAGCCAUGGGCUUUCGGACCCGUGUUGGCGGUUCGGCACCAGCGUCGGUAUCAGGGGAAAGUCCUGGAGCAAUACCCAAACUGGCAGUAGGAGGGAGAGGGUCUUGUUCCUGUGAUGGUUCCCCUGCUCGGUCUCUGACCCGGAGCUCCACCUACACUAAACUCACUGAUCAGGCGUUGGCAGACCAGAAUGGCAAUGGGCAAGAUUUUCCCUGUCUGUCAGGUGAUGGCACCCAGGACAGUGGGUUUGUGUGCUGUGGAGAGAGCGGCGUUCCCAGCCGAGCCGACCUGCUGCUGGAGGCCGCCUUCCUCUCUGAGGAAACGGCAUCUUUACUCAACUCCUACACACAGGCCUUCUCUCAGUCCUUACCCCACUCUCUACCCAACUCCCUGCCUCACACCUACUCCCAUACCUUACCUCGUUCUUUCCCUCACAAUCUGUCCCACUCUGUUCCCCACACUAUGCCGCACUCCUCCACCUAUGAGAAGCUGUGCACAGGAGAGCGGCUGAUGCCCUUGCGUUGUGGCCUGGGUGGAGUGAACUGCAUGAGUCACCCAUGCCUGUCCCACCACCAUCUGUACCUGCACUCCUUGAGGGAAGCAGGCAUUCAGACUGAAAGCUGCCCGAUCCCGGCUACAGCAGGUUACCCAUCUGAUCUGGACACCAUUGCAGAGCAACGCACUUUCCGCUCCCAGGGCUGCAGCCCCACCUCCACCUGGAUUUCUGAUGAUGGGGGUGAGGAGGAUCUGGACUCCAUCACCACCACAACUUCAAUAACCACAGCGACAAUAAUGAGUACAGCAACAGAACCAAUCCCAGUUUCCAAAACACCUGUAGUCCCUCCGCUACCACGGUCUGCUACUGUGGCAUGUUCCAUGGAGAGACCUUUGUGUAGAGGGAUGGAAAAGCAGGAGAUAGAAGACAGAGAGAAAGAAGCUGAGGCAACAGAGAAGCAGAGUGAGGAAUUAGUGAUCAAUCUGGAGGAUGAAGAGCAGCAGAGAGGCUCAGUGGAAGGUGAUGAGGUGGAAGAUCAAUGUAUCGUGGAGGAAGCAACGUCAGUAGAACUGUGCGAUUUCGCAGAGACAUCACCAGGGAUGCAGGGUGAGCUAAAAUUUGCAAGUUGCUGUGGAGAAACCAGGCAGGAUGGAACAAUAAUGAAAAACCUUGGCACGGAAGAAGUUGAUUCUUCAGCGGGAUCCUCUCAGGUCGAGACAAUUAUCGGAGUAUCACCCAGUGUAGAACAGCCUCAUACCUCCCAGCCACAAAGAUCUACGUCCCACGAGGAGAUAGCUGGUGUCACUGUGGUGGAAGUGCACGAUGACGAUGAAACUCAAGAACAGGACACGGCAGGGGGCGCCACAGCAGAGGAGGGAGAGUCAUCGGACUCUGGGAUGAUCCAGAAAAGCUACUGGAGUCGUCACUUCCUCAUUGACCUGCUCGCUGUGGCCAUCCCGGUGGUGCCAACGGUGGCGUGGCUGUGCCGCGGUCCGGUCCGUGGCGGUCAGCCCAUGUACCACAUCGGGUCGCUGCUGCGAGGCUGCUGCACUGUGGCACUGCACUCGCUGCGCAGGGGAGGAGGGCUGAGGCAUUACCCCGCAGGCGGGGGAGACUUGGGUGGAUCACUAAUAUAAGAAAGAACAUGUUCAGCACUUCUUUGGUCCCUAAAAUGGAACCUGUCCUGUUUUGAGUCUUUAUCUUCAGCUGGAUGAAAGAGGGAUGUGAGGAGGUGGAGAAGAGGUGGUGGUUGUGGGUCGAGGAAAAUGAUGGAGGUACCAGGAAGAGGAAAUUAACGUUUAUGACUAAGACUUCUGACCGCAUGUGUAACCUGUUGCUGUGGGUAGGGAAGUGUAAUAAUGUCACGCCAGAAAAAUAUAGAUGUAUCAGUAUCACAUUAUAACGUGAAAAGUUGUUUUUCACAAAAUACUAACCUGUUUUCACUUCUUCUUUGUUCAGUGAAUACAAAGCAAUACUAAGAAAAGUCAAAGACAAAAUAAUUCAAAGUAAAUAAAUUAACAAUACAAAACAUAGUAGUAAUAAUUAUGAUACUACUUGUAAUAUGUAUAUAUAGAGAAAUACAAAGAACAUCAAUCCACAGAACAUAUUUUAAAACAUGAAAAAGUGCAACAAAUGUAAUAUAUAAUGGGCAAUCAUUUCCAGACAAAAAUAGAUAAGUAAAACUAAAACAAAUGAUAAUAUAAUAUAAAUAAAAAUAUAAAAUAAUGGACAUAUUUUCUGUUUUUUCUGACAUUCCAUACCAAGUACCUAAAUGACAUCACUAUAGCAUGAAGUGUUUCACAUUAUAAUGAAAUAAGUUGGUGUUAGUGAUUUAUAUGCUGUAUUAUGCAGUUGUGAACUAGCUCUUGACUUUCUGCUCUCUACAAAAACACUUGCUAUUGAGAUCAUUUCUUGUUAUGAUGUGAUACAGUUGUGUGUGAUUAUAAUGUGAAAAACACAGUUUAAGCUUUAAACCUUUCACGUUAUUGUGUGACACUGAUGAAAGUUUGUUUUUCUGGCACGGCUGUGAUGGUCCGACUAUUGUUGCUAACAAAAUGUCUGCUUACAUUUUCUCAAAUGAAUGAUCUUUGUUUGGAUGUUUGACGCUGAUUGUCUAUUUUUAAGUUCAUGGGAAAAUUUUAAUGAUCAGUCAAAUCCAUAAAUCUCGGUGAGAAGGAUUAGGGCCAAAAAUGUAAAAAUAAAAAAGCCAGAAUUUUUUCCAGGAUAUCAACACAGAACCACAAGCUCGAGAACCUCUUGCUCAUUAUGGAGUUGGCUCAGGCUGGAUUAGCCAAAGAGGGGGAAGCCAUGGGCUGCCAUGGGAACCGCCAACCCGUGUUGGCGGUUCGGCACCAGCAUAAAAAUUAAAAAAUAAAAAAGCCAGAUUUUUUUCUUGUUGCGUCACUCUGCAAAUAAUUUUUAAAAACACAGAACUAAAGGAGUCUGGGUUGUGUAUCAGGGUUUAGGGAUCAUAUCUGGGAUAAGGGUGUUGUCUUUGUGUGUGUGUGUUUCAGAGGAUUUGAUGAAGGACCUUUGCUGAACUGGUGCAGAAGUUGAUCUAUCAUUCAUUCAUUUGAGGGUCACAGUCAUAGUCUGCUUGUGUUUGACUGUGGGGCGGAAGCUGGAGAAAAUCCAUACGCCCACCCCUGAGAUUCAAACUGGGGACCUUCUUGCUGUGAGGCGACAGUGCCACCCACCAUAGCACCGUGUAAAAAGCCAAAAUUCUCUGACUAUCAAAGACUUUUGAGCCAAUUGUGGAUGAGAAAACCUGCAAAAAUAAUCUUAAUAGUUAAGUUAAGCGAGAGAAAAAACACAAAUCAGUUUUAUUUUAUUUUUAUUUAUUUAUUAUUUAUUUGGCAUAUUUGCACUAUUGUUCACUUUAAGAAUUUUUACUUGAAGUUGAGAUUGUAUGGAAAUUCAAAUAUGUGUGUGUUUUUCCACUGAGUUCAAAUGUUGUGUUGGUCUGUGGCGAUGAAUCCUGUUUGAGGCAAAAACAAAGCAGGUUUAACUUAACUAAGACAUUUCAGGUAGAUGUACAUGUACAUAUAUAUAUAUACUAUACAUAUAUAUAUAUAUAUAUAUAUAUAAAGAUAGAUAUAGAUGUAAAAAAAUAGGAUAAUAAUACAUGUCAUUAUUUCUGUGAAUAUUGCAAACCAGCUGCCUUUCAUCUGUAAAACGAGCUUCUGAUCCAAACUUUUGUCCACAAAAAAAAAUACUGAAAAGCCUAAAUGUUGUUGUACAUUAUGUAAAAUCACACAUGAGAUAAUGGGCAGUGUGUUGUUCACUAGAGAUGGGACAAAAUGAUAAUUUCCGUGAUUAUCGUGAAAAUGAUUUUAAAAAUGUUUUAAUUUAAUUAAUUAUUUGCACAAAAAAAUUUGCACAAAUGAGAACGAAACAGGAAACAGAUGAACCAUAUGUGACUGUUGUUGGAAAAAGAAAAACACUGAUAGAACAAAAUGUUUUAAAGUCAUAGAAACAUUUUACAACAUUUUGUAAGGUUAUGGAAACAUUUUACAAAAUAUAAAGUUACAAAAACCUUUUACAAAAUUUGAAGUUUCAAUAACAUUUUACAAAAUCUUGUAAAGUUACAAAAACAUCUUACAAAA